CUCACCCAGUACAAUUCGUCGUGCAAUUCGUUUCAAUUCUAAUUCUGUAGAAGAAAUGAAAAAAGCCAUUUGGGCUACUUACUAUCAUUAUGCCUCAACCGAUGCAAAACCACAACACGAAAACUGUCCUAGCGGAGAAGGCUCAUGGUGUGAAUGGCAGAAAGCUGCAGCUUCAAACAAGCUGAAUAAUUUCAAACACUCAUAUUCUGCUCUACCAACUGAUGUUUUACAAGGAAUCAAGCCAAUUUAUGAAGAUUUAAGCAAAGAUGCUCUCCUAGAGCGAUGUAUUGGCGGAUUCACACAAAAUAAUAAUGAGAGUUUGAACCAGCUUAUUUGGAAGAUUGCGCCGAAAGUUGAGAGUGGUUCAGCAAUUAUCGUCGAAUUUGCAUCUUCAGUGGCUGCUUGUGUUUUCAAUGAAGGCUGUGAAGCUUAUUUAACCUUCCUAGAAGAGAUGCGAAUCAGUACUGGUCCAAGUUGUCAUGGAUGGGCGCUUCUAACCGACAAUAUUCGAAUGAACAGAGCAGAUGAGCGAGCAGCUAAAACCGCUAAAAAUGAUAGAAUUCGCCGCAGACUUGAUCAAAAAGAUGCUUUGGACAUUCUUGACGAAAGUUCUAUACUCUAUGGUCCCGGCAUUGAUGAUUCUAUAUGAUCCAGUGCUGAGGUAUGACGUGCACCGCAAAAUGUAUUUUUUCUGAGGCGCCUGCGAAGAAUUGCUGCCAUUCGGUCAAUUUUCAAUAUUUUUCAACCAAUAUUUCACAGAAUAUAGUUCAAUUACUACUCUUUAAUGUACAAUAAUCAGAAAUAAAUUUACUUUCACCGUACGCC